CGGUAAUCGUCUUAAUAUUAUGCAAAUGGGAUUUAUGGAGAGAAGAAUGGACAUACACAAAUGUACUUAAAUAUACGUACAGACCCCUGUAUAUUCUCCCUUUAACGCGAAAGAUAUGGAAACCGAGGGAUUCCUAUACGUGUUAUAGAGUCAUCAACUUACACUAAGUAACUUUUUUUCCACGUUUCUCACUCCUCCCUUCUCUAAAGUAAACUAUCACCAUCAAAUGUGCGCAAACGUUUCAUUAAAGUCUACCUUACUAAAGAGCUUGCACUUUGCUUGAUUUAACGUGCAUUCAAGUCUAUGAAAUUGAACUGUUUGUUGACUGCGUAUUCAGAUUCAUUCAGCUAAGUCAUAAAUCCAGCAUUAUGUUGUUUAUAUAUCCGUACAUGGAAAUAUAUCGAAUUGACGUUAUGUUUACUGUCGACAUGCCUUAUCCCAGAAAUAUCUUAGCUACAGUGGCGUUUUCUUUGUGAAAUAUUUUUGUUUGAUAUAAAUUUAGAAAACGGACUAAGCUGGAUAAAGCCUUAGCAAUUUAUUGGUUAGUCCUUUCAUAUAACGUCCACUAGGAUUAAAGGUUCACAAACAGAAUGAUCAAAAGGUAAGGUUUUCAAGCGAAAGAACAGUGAUUUCAUUUGCUUUAUAAUCACUGUUUUUGCUUGAGAUAAGUCCUGAGGAAUAUAGCAUAAGUUUAAGUGAAUCAAGCAUUUGUAAAAGGAAAGAUAACUGUCCAAAAGUGUUUUUUGGGUAUAUUCAAAUAACUGUGGGGAAUAAUGAGUUGUUCGCAUCAGAUGAUGAAAAACGUUGUUCUUAGCAGUUGCUUCUUCAAACUUAUUAAUAAAAUCAUUCCGUUGAAACUGAUAAUUGUAACGUUUCAUCUAGAAAGUAAUAUGCGGAGAUCUGCAGCACCAAGUCGUACUAGUCAGUCUCAAGAUCUGUCGAUAAAUUCCAACCUCGUAAAGACGGCUGAGUACAAAUCAGUUUCACACUGUUCCUCAAGUCCUAAAAUGAACAAUACGCCUACAAAUUUUAAUUUGUCUCAUGCUACGAAAUGUUCCAGGUAUUUCGAGGCUGUAUAUGCUAAAGCAUCGACUAAAAAGGUAUGGCGAAUAUCGUUUACCAGUUUUGCUUGCAUUUUAGCAUAAAAAAUGGGAAGGAGAUGGUUUUGUAGAGGUUGAAGGUCGAAUCAUAAAGCUUAUCAAUGAAGAUUUGAAAGUAAUAGCAUCUGCUUCUGGUCAUAAAUUAGCAUUUUUAAAUGAAAUUGAUAUUGGUUCGGUUGUUCAUAUUGGGUCUUAUGAAGCAGAGCUUAUUUCACUGAUAGAGAAGCCACAGUUAAUUAAUCUUUCCUCAAAAUCAAGUGAUGGCACUGAGGCGUUACAUGCACCGGCAAAAAAUUCGACAAGCAAACCAAGCACAAAUCUCAGUUUCUCACCAAAGACGAAUUCCAAAUCAAAACUGAAUGAGUCCUGGGGUUCUUCAAACCAUCUGGUUAUGCCCAAGCCUCCUGCUAACUGCAUUUGGUCUCAGAAUCCCGACAACCUUCCUAUUGUGGAUGUAGUUUUAGAGUCGAAGUUUGCUUCACGUCUACAGCCACAUCAAUGUGAAGGUAUUAUUUUCUUGUAUAAAUGUUUAAUGGGAUUUCAACCGUAUGUUGCUUUAAAUGAAUCUGAUGAACGAAUUACUUAUGGAUGCAUUUUAGCGGAUGAAAUGGGUCUUGGUAAGACAGUUCAAGCUAUUGCCACCAUUUGGCUAUUAAUUAGACAAGGACCGUACGGAGGUAGACCGGUUAUUCAACGUUGCCUUAUUGUAACUCCAGGUACACUUGUUCAGAAUUGGCAAAAGGAAUUCUCCAAAUGGUUAGGUCGUGAACAGUUACCUGUGUAUUGUGUAGAUCAAAAUCAUUCUGUUAAAAAAUACCUAACAAUGUCCAAUGAUUCACCGCAGGUUAUUCUUAUGUCGUAUGAAAUGUUUCUACAGCAUACUAGUGAAAUCUAUGAAAUUUCCGACUUGGAUAUGGUUGUAUGUGACGAAGGGCAUAGAUUAAAAAAUUCCAAUAUCAAUACAACUAUGGCACUUUGUCGACUACGUGCACGUAGACGUUUACUAUUAACUGGGACUCCAUUACAAAAUCAUUUGAAUGAAUUAUGGUCAUUGGCUAAUUUCUGUGUACCAGGACGUUUAACUUCAAGUUUAGAAGAGUUUCGUCGUCAAUUUGUUAUACCACUAUUAAAUAGUCGUAACUUAGUACAAAAUGUUAAAAACAAUCUUAACAAUGAUGAUGAUUGUGAUUCUUGGAGUUAUACAAACUAUGAGAAUUGUGAUGAUUUAGAAAGUCCAUCAGCCAAAUUAUUCCGACUAUUGAACAGUUUCUUUUUAAGACGCACAUGUGAUGUCAUUGCACCAAAACUAACUGAUAAAACUGAACAUAUUUUGUUUUGUCGUCCGAGUAAACUGCAAACCGAUUUGGAAGCUAUACUUACACAGUGGAUGAAUAAUGAAUUUAAUUUAAGUCGAUGUGAAUCUCUUAAAUUAUUCUCACACGAUGAUGAUUAUGAAGAUUUUGUUAAAUCUGUGGAAAGCGUAUCGUCAUCACGUUCAAAACACCAUAGUUCCAUUUUAUCAAUUAUAACAGCAUUUCGAAAACUUCACAAUCAUCCAUAUCUAUUAAGAAAUUAUUUAAUACAGUCGAAUUCUACACAAAAUCAAUCAGUUGAUCGUCUACCUACAAAACUGACUGCAGAUUUGCUCCGUUUGUUGAAUUCUGAACAUUCAAUAGUGGCACAAGAUCUCUGUUUUACAAAUCUAAAUGAAUUUAUUCAAUUAUCUGGAAAGUUCCACGUUCUUUAUAUCAUGCUGAGACGACUGUUUGACAAACAACUGUCAUCUUCGUCCACAGUGAAUUUCCAGAAAAAAUCGCGACUAUCCAACAGUAAUAGUAAAAAUAGUUUACAUAUUAAUGAUCGUCUUGUAUUAGUUUCCAAUUUUACUCAGACACUUAAUCUUUUGGAGAAAUUAUGUAAUCUAGUCACUGGACAACCAUCUCUUCGAUUAGAUGGUCAGACAACGAAUAAACAACGCGCUGAAGUUGUUCAGAGAAUCAAUGAUCCAACAUCUCAUGAUCGUAUAUUACUGCUUAGUUCACGUGCAGGUGGAGUAGGUUUAAAUUUAAUUGGUGCCAAUUACUUAAUUUUGUUCGAUAUGGAUUGGAAUCCAGCAAAUGAUGCACAAGCUAUGGCUCGUAUUUGGCGUCCGGGACAAACUAGAUCGGUUAAUUUAUACCGGUUAGUAACAGCAAGUGGUAUGGAAGAACGUAUAUUUCAACGACAAGCAGCUAAAUUAGCUUUAACCAGUCAAACAUUAGUCAAUACAUCAAUGUAUAAUGAAAAUAUUUUGGAAUUUAUUGAGACAAAAAAGAAACCUGAUAAAAAUCUUGGAAUUCUUACUCGUGAUGAAUUGAAAGAAUUAUUUCUCCUUCCCAAUACAUCAUCAGGGUCAUGGACUCAUGAACUUAUUCAGUGUAAUUGUAAUCAGUCUCUAGAAAAGAAACCUUUCACCCCAAGUCCUUCUCUCUCAUCAUCAUCAGACAUUGAAAACUAUGAUUCUGCCGAUGAAAUUGUAGUGAAGAGUUUUAUAGAUUAUUCUCAUGAACUUGACGAUAAAGAGAACAAAAAAGAAGAAAUCGAAUCAUCAGGACACACUACUGGUAUUAUCAAUAAUGAGAAUGAAGACGAUGAAUAUUCCAAUAUUAGAAUAUUUCAAUUAGGUUCUACAAAUCCACUUAUUACUGAGAGCUUGAAAUCACCCAAAUCCCAAUUCACCUAUUUGAAACAACAGUCAGCUUCAAUGCCAACGACAACUCAUAAGUUACCAUCAUCUGAUUCACUUGGUUUUCUAUUGAAUUGGAAACAUUCUUUUUCAUCUGAACAAAUAGAUCAGUUGAAUGAUCGACUUUUAAUAACACAUCAAUCGGACCCUAUGAAAUCCUUAAUAAACUGUAUAUUUACACUAAAUUCGAAAGCAUCUUAAGUAUUUAGUAUUUUUUAUCUUCAUUAUAUCGAUUAAUUUUCUCACCUCUCUUUAUGCCUUUCUUGGAUAAUGACUUGAGUGUAUUCAUAAACAGUCCUAUUUAUAAUGGAUACCGUUAAGUGCUGUUUGUGUAUUGGGGAAGAUGUUCAUUAAAAUACAUGUUGUCCUUCAAUGAAUGAAAAUGUGCCUAUUGUUAGGUUUGUCGGGUCAAACGAAGUUUGAAGAUUGUAUUGGCUUUUCGGAUUAUUUAUGUAUGGAAAAAUGCAACAAGCAAUAAUUAGUUUAUGCUUAGCGUACACUAAAGAUAAUAAACUCGACAGUAACAAUAACAAAAUCUCAGCGCAUAUAUGCAUGAAAGUGAUCGAUUCACCACGUGUGAAAUAACAAAUGAGGAUCAACCACAUAAGGAAACAGUUUAAUCGAAAUAGUACGAAAAAAGAAUUCAUCUUAAUUACUCAUAGGUAAUGUAGUUGUGCUACACAAGUUCCAUAGGUGUUAAAGCGAGGAUAAUUCGAUUCACUCAAUGAAAAGUGCUCAAAAGUAUAACAAAAAGCUAUCGCUCCUAUUUUCCAACGUAACUGUUGAUAACACUAUCAUCAUUUGUAGGCUGCCUGACUGUAAAAUG